UGAAGGGAGUCGGAAUGAGGCAGGCGAGCGGCACGGCCAUGGGAAAGCAAGGCUGCCCAAUGGUGACACGUACGAAGGGAACUAUGAGCACGGGGAUCUACAAAUUUAAAAAUGGUGCUCGAUACAUUGGAGAAUAUGUUAAAAAUAAAAAGCAUGGUCAAGGCACGUUUAUAUAUCCAGACGGAUCAAGAUAUGAAGGGGAGUGGGCUGAUGACCAGAGGCACGGCUAUGGCGUGUACUACUACGUCAACAACGAUACCUACACCGGAGAGUGGUUCGCUCAUCAAAGGCAUGGGCAAGGCACCUAUUUCUACGCGGAGACCGGCAGUAAGUACGUCGGUACCUGGGUGAACGGACAGCAGGAGGGCGCGGCCGAGCUCAUCCACCUGAACCACAGGUACCAGGGCAAGUUCUUGAAUAAAAAUCCCAUUGGCCCUGGAAAGUAUGUGUUCGAUAUUGGAUGUGAGCAGCAUGGGGAAUAUCGCUUAACAGAAGAAAGAGGAGAAGAGGAAGAGGAAGAGGAGAGCGUGGUAUCUGUCGUUCCAAAAUGGAAAGCUACCAAAAUCACAGAAUUGGCCCUGUGGACACCGACCCUGCCUGGGGAGCAGCCCCCUGCGGGUGGACCUGGCCAGGAAGAGGCCCCAGGAGCCGAGGGUAGGGGAGAGCCUGUGGAGGAGGCCCAGGCACUGACGGACAUUUCAGAGGGGGAGACUGAUUGGAUGAGGCCUGGAGAGGAAGACGGAGAUGCCGCCAGGGAGGAGGGCCGUGAGGAUGGCCGAGAGGAGUUCCGAGAUGACAACUUAGACCUGGGAAAUAUGGAUUUUGAAGAAGAAGAGAUUAGACAAGAUCAACCAGAGUAAGAUGAAGCCCAAAGCAUAGGACUGUAUCAUAAAAAUGCUCUGUUACUCGGGCAUUAAUUAAUACUAAUCAAUUAUUAAUCUUUUUUACUUAGUUGUUUGUUAAAAUGGUUUACAAUUGCAAAUA